AUGGAGAAGCUGCUGAAGAAGUGCGAAUCCUCCACGCCGAGUAUCGAAGUGACCGAAGUCUUCGCAACUAGUCAGAAUAAGGUAGAGACUACACUAGUUUUCGAUGCAUGGUCCCUGGAGGCGCUUUUGAACAAAGGUCCCUUCGAACUAACUCCUUCGCAUCUUGUAAUUAGGCACGGUCAGCGCAAGUUGCGAUUAAGGUUCAUAAGAGCUCCAGAAACGAAUCUCAGCGGUCGGCAACAGACAUUAAAUUAUUGGGUCAAAAACCCCAGAUGA